AGCAUCUACAGAUGAGGUCAGGUGGAAGUGUGUUCUUAGAGAGUGCAUGCAUCUCUAAGAUGAUAAAGGAAUUUAGCUCUAUACGGGAUGAGGCACCAAGAUGGGUAUUAAACAGAGCUACAACUUAUUUGGAACAUGAUAUGAUAUUCAUUCCAGUGAACAUUGAACACUUCCAUUGGUACCUAGCAGUUAUAAAUACCGGGCAGCGAUGCAUCCAGGUGCUCGACUCGCUAGGCCCAGGAAUGAGCCGCAAAGACCUUACCGCUAUGCUCAAAGGACUGGAAAAUGUAUUUGAAUAUGCAUCGCUUCAAAUGGAACUAAAAACUGAUAAGUGGAAAGACUUAAACAUCUCAACAUGGCGAAGGGAAGAGUGUAUUAAGAGCAAACUGCAAAGAGAUGGGUCAUCUUGUGGUCUGUGGAUGAUAAAUUUUAUGGAGUACUUCACAGGAUAUAUUUUGUCUGACAUUCCUACACAGGAACAUAUGACAGAUUUUAGAACAAAACUAGCUGUCAUCUUAGUGGACUCGAAAUUGAAUGAUGAUAAUAUAAGAAAUCGAGACAUGGAAGAUGACGAAAACAACACAGAUCCCACGGAAUGUAUGAUUCUGGAUAGACCUCCUGAGAAUUUCAAAACAUCAAAUACAUCUGAAGAAGUCGAGCUCAUCUCACAGUCAUUUAUCCUUUCACCGUAUGUCAAAACAACAAACGAUGAUUUAAUAGAUGAACUGUGCUUGUUCAUCGGUAUGGUUGAUGAUGUCGCUCUACUAGAGAGCGAAUGGGUGAAAAGCUCUGAUCCAUACCCUAUUAGCUUAAAUUUGAGACAAAUAAAAAACAUAUUGAACAACGAUGAAUACAUGGAUAUCCAUUGCUUUAAUAUGGCUGUGCGGAUACUAGCGCGGCACGAAGUCCAGCUUCUCAGAGACAUUCCAUCUCACUAUAUGGAUCUGAACUUUUGUUCGAUGUUCCACUAUGCACGAGACUCAAGUCAUCGUGAGAAUAUGGAAAUUGCUACAUUGAGACAGUUGUUUCAUAGCUGGCCUGACAGUAAUGAUUACCAUAUCUCACAAUGUGAUGUGAUUUUAUUGCCUUGGUAUAUGUUUGGACUAUUUCUAUUGUUUGUGUUGGAUCAAAAUAAAAAGGUUGUUUCAAUUUUCGAUCCGUUGCCAAUACCUACUUUGGGGAAUAAUGUACUUAAAAUUGUGGCUGAGAACCUAAACCGUGCACUAGAAGUUGCAAACCCUGCAUUCAAGGAUGAUAUCUCUAAAUGGGAAUGCUUAGUUCCUGUUGCUCCAACUAACUCACAUUGUGCCCUGUCCGGUUAUUUGGUUUUUAAUUACAUGCACUCAUUGUGUGAUGGAAAACUAUAUUUUCCCAUACCCAAGGAUGGAUUUCAGCUGAGGAAGCAAUUUUUGGUGCAUAUUUUAAAGUACGAAGAGAAUGAAGCUCAAAACAACAUCCCAUACAUUGAACGAAGCAUCAUUGAUCGCAUCUAUAGAUGGACCUUCAUUGCUUCAAAAGAUGGACCUUCAAGACAUGCUUAGUUGGGGUUUUUAAAAUAUAUUUUUUUGUAUAAGAACUCACUAAAUAAAAAUUAGAUCCAGAAUAGAUGUUUUUACUAUAGACUAUGAUGCAUGGGUUGGAUCAGAAAUAUGUCACACUUCCUGAAAAUACAAUUUGAGUGACAUGAUAACAUUGUUUGAAAUUUUAACUAA